GAUAGCCCUUCCACCACACUGUAUUUUCCAUCCCAUUGUGAACCAACCAAGGAUCAACAAAGUUAUCUUCUAUAUCCAUCAGCUCAAUAAUAAUACUGAACUAUGUCGCAAGGCAGGGAUCCCUUGGCAUUGAGCCAGGUAAUCGGCGAUGUGUUGGAUCCUUUCGUAAAGUCAGCGGCAAUGAGGAUAAAUUAUGGUGAGAAGGAGAUCACAAAUGGCACUGGGCUACGAUCAUCAGCAGUGCUCAAUGCACCGCAUGUUGUGAUUGAAGGUUGUGACCAAACGAAGCUCUACACACUUGUUAUGGUGGAUCCUGAUGCACCAAGUCCAAGCAAACCAGAGGACAGGGAAUAUUUGCAUUGGUUGGUGACAGAUAUACCAGAGGCAACAGAUGUCCGUUCUGGCACAGAAAUAGUUCCAUAUGAAAGCCCAAGGCCACCAGCUGGAAUUCAUCGGAUUGUUUUUGUGCUGUUCAAACAGCAAGCACGGCAAACAGUUUAUCCACCAGGAUGGCGCCAAAAUUUCAACAUCAGAGACUUCUCAGCAAUUUACAAUCUUGGACCACCAGUUGCUGCAUUAUACUUCAACUGCCAAAAGGAGAGUGGUGUUGGUGGCAGAAGGUAGGAACCAAGGAAACUUCAUGUUUUAAAAAUAAUACAACUGUCGAUAUUAAAUAGACAUGAAAUCACACGGCAAGGGACCUCUCUCUAGAUAGAACCCAUGACAAUAGUUGCCAAAUUAACAU